AUGCUUCAGGCCGCUCGAGCCGUACCUCCCACAACACAGACACCAUUGAGCAGCAAACAACAAUUCCCAAAAUGUAAUGCCACCUAUUGGCCCAGUGUUAAACUUCAAAUGGACGACUAUAUGGAUCUGCUGGAGCAGCCCUGUGAUGACUUUUGGAAUUAUGCCUGUGGCAAUUGGCGGGUGCCACAUCAGCUGAGAUUUAUGAAACCCACCGACACCCUGACCGCCAUUAAGGCCCAAAAUAAAUAUUUACUUAUGCAGUAUUUGGAUGAAGCUGAAAACCAAGAGGAGCAGGAGGAGGACGUGGGAAGGCAGGCAAAUAGUGAUCUGGCCUCAGAAAGUGUGGUGAAAUUUUACAAAUCCUGUCUGGACAAACGAACUUUAAGAUCUCGGACCCAAGAUGAAUUGGCCAUACGUUUGUAUACCGAUGUUUUGGGUAAUUUCAGUUCCAGUUGGCCAAUACUGCACAGCAAUUUCUCUGCCAGCCGUAUGGAAACGAAUUUCAAUUGGGAAUAUGUGGCUGGUCAUAUGCGGCGUUAUGGUAGCCAGACGCUGAUUCGUACCCUAGUCCAACCGAAUUGGCAAAGUUCUCAACAGCUGAUUGUCUAUCUAAUGCCACCUUCAUUUGAACUACUCAAGGCCCAACAAUCGGAUAGUACCUAUGAUGAAGAAUCCGUUUUCUUCUAUCAACGUUAUAUAAAAAUGUUAAUGAUGGACUUGGGUGUUAGGGUAAGGAAAUCCAAUUUAAUUGCCAAUGAAGUUGUGCAAUUCGAACAAUCCCUAUUGACCCUGGUCAACAAUAAGGAUGUGAUGAUUUUAAAAGAACCUCAAACUUUGGCAUCGUUGGCACGGGAAUUGCCUCAAGUGGACCUAAUGAAGUAUUUCAAAACAUUGCUACAAGAUUUCCAGUUGCCACGGAAUUUCGAACAAAAAAUGCUAAUUGUGGCGGAUAAAAAUUAUCUGCGGAACCUUGUGCGUCUACUGGACAAAACCAAAAUCGAAACAAUUGCCAAAUAUUUUUUGGUACAAUUUUUGGUGAACUUCAAAGUGAAUCUUCACGAUGAUGAGGGUUAUUUUAAACAAAAGGAAGAAUGUUUAAGGCAGCUGAAUGAUUUUAUGCCCUCAGAAUUGACCCGGAUAUUCUUGAGGCUACAACACCAUGGGGAUGAAGAGGAAUUUAUCCAGCUGAUACCCCACAUGGUUAGCGAUGUAACGGAAAUUGUAAUGGAUCCGGAGCUAUCUUUAUCAUCCCUAUAUUUCGAUCAAUCCUAUGGUCCAUUGGAUGUGAAUGCCUAUUAUCGUUUGAAGAAAAAUGCCAUUGAAUUGCCGAUUGGCAUAUUGACGGCUCCCCUCUAUGAUCGUUGCAUGAAACCGGCCAAAAUUUAUGGAGGUUUUGUGUACAUCCUGACCCAUGAACUGCUACAUGGUUUCGAUUAUGAUGGCAUGAAUUAUGGUAAAAAUGGCAACACGAAUAAUGGCUGGGGUCCCAAAGCCAUUAUUAAAUUUGGCAUACAAUCUAAUUGUUACCUCGAUGAUCGUUAUGCGGAUGGCCACUCGACCAUUAAUGAAAAUAUUGCCGAUUCGGAGGGUCUACGAUUGGCAUUGGAGACGCUAUUGGAUUAUGAAAUGGAUCAGUCGUUCGAUCAAAAUGAUAUGAAAUUAUUUUUCUUAAGUUUUGCCCAGACCUGGUGUGGCAUUAGUGGUGCCGGAGCCAAUGGAGAGAGUAAUUUUCGCAUACAUGCCAGCCAUCAGGAGCGCGUGAAUAAUGUUUUGGGCAAUUUUAUGGAAUUUGCUGAUGUCUAUAAAUGUGAAGCAAUGCAGCCAUUGAAUCCAGAGAAAAAGU